CCAUCCCGGCCCUCCAAGCCGUCUGAGGAUCCCCCCAGGCGUGGUAUAACUAGAAAGCGUGCUGCCUCUAUCAAUACGGAGGAGGCCAACCGGCCCAAGAUCGAGAACCUGAGCCUCAGCACGCCGCCCACUGCCAGUUCAAGGCCCUUUGACGGCGGCAGUGACCUGAUUUGCCUCUGUACCCCGGCCCCGAAGGUUCCCAGGCCAAGAAACGCCUUCAUUCUUUACCGCCAGCACCAUCAAGCGCACGUGGUCCAGCAGAACCCCGGGCUCGCCAACCCAGAAAUCUCCAAAAUCAUCGGCGAGCAAUGGCGCCUGGAGCCUGAGGAGCGUAAGAGCCAGUGGAAGCUGCUGGCCGAGGAGGAGAAGCAGCGCCAUCAGCGAACGUACCCCGACUACCGAUACCAGCCUCGGCGCGCAAACAAGACCGGAAAUCCGCAGUCGACUCGGCCCGCUCCUGCGCGAGGCCAGGAUCCGCACCAUUGCCCAAACUGCGGCGGACGGUACAUCGCCACGCCCAGAACGCCCUCCACACCAUUCAUGACGCCCACGACCACCAAGCCGGGCAGCGCACCGUACGGCCCUCCCCCGCUGAGCCAGCACCCAGGCCUUGCUUCGCGCGCCGACAUGAAUCGGUACGGCCGAACCCACCCGCUUUGGGGCAGUUCCCAACCCCCCGGCAGCCUGUACGACAUCCAGAAGGAUUACGACCGCGCCAUGUCCCCGAACGAGUCCAAGCGCCGCCGGUACAACGCAGCAGGAAGCUACCACAACUUCCACGUCCUGCCGUCUCCCCCUCCUCCCUACCCACAGCCCGGCUACCCUGCGUCCUCUCCCCCUCCCCACCCGCGGCAAUCCUCCUUCAGCAACCCGCCCACACCAGCCAGCUUCGCCCCCGGCCCCGGUCCGACUCCCCUUUCCGGCCCUUCCUCCAUGCUCCCGCCGCGAAGCAGCCCAGGCCCGAUGCCACCGCCGCCACGGCCUUCCCAUUCCGUCCCGGUCGCGGUACCCGUCACCGGACAGCAGUACCCCGCCGCUGUGCCUCAUUCCUUCUCACGCAACAACAACUCCGAAUUCGACGAGUCCCUCCGCCUCCCGCCGCUGCAGACCCAUCUCCCCGCGUCGCCUGACACCAGCGAGUCCAGCACAGGCGGAGCGGCCGCGGCGGCGACUGCAGGAGUGACGGGGCUGGGAAUCUUGCAUUCGACGCCGACUAUCCCUUCGGAUGCGGCGGCACGGAGUGUCGAGGCGAUGGUGAUGAGUAUCUCGUUUGUGAAUAAGUUGCGGGUGCUCGAGAGAAUCAGUCCGCCUCUGGGCAUGGAGAGCGGUGGGUUCUCCGGGCCUAGGGGCCCGGUGAUUGCUAUCGAGGGGCCGGAUCAGAGGUUGGUCAGGGCUGUGGCGGGGGUUGUGGAGCGGGCGCUGAGGGCUGCGUCGCCUGCGGCGGAGGGCGGGUGGGAGGUUAGGUGCUGGGAGGAUGGGAGUGCGAGUGGUGGUGGUGGUGCCAACAUCGCCACGUCCCCCAGUUCGGGUAGCACUCACGCCAGCAUCAAUCCCUUCACGGCCUACCUCCGCACCAUCACACAUUGGCACGCCAAGUCGGCCGAGAUUGUUCAAUUUGCCACACCGCGCCCGUCAACCUCAACCCGGCGGCAUCCACUUCCUUCCCACCCAAUCAGCCCGACUACCUCAACGCCCACCACAGCAACAACCACCGUCGAAACUCAACCGCAAACACAGAUUCAGGGACAAGAUAACAACAAAAAAAAGCCACUGCCCAUCGCCCUCCUACCCUCAGGCUUCUCACUCAGCCUGUCAGAUCGCUUUGCCUGCGCAGUGCCCAUCGCCGACGCCUACGCGCCUGUGGAUCACUGGCAGUGGAUGGCGACGCUGUGGCGGGGCAUUGUCGGGGCGGAUCUGGUGGUGUAUGUCUCCCCUCGUAUGGGACAUGGACAUGGACAUGGGUAUGGUGAUAGCGUCACAGAGGGUAGUGUCGUUGGGGGUGGGACGGUCGAGAUCAAGAGUGCUGGGUUGAUUGUUGCUCGGGUGCCUGUGCCUGGUUCUUGGUAUGGACGGGGGGACCGAGACAUUAUGACGGUGGAUGAAAAGAUGAGAAGGAGGUUGGGGUUUGAGGUCGUGGAGUGGGUGCGGGGU